GUGCAGUCGUGUUAUCAGCGGGUGGCCAACGUGCCCGUUUGCAGCCGCAGCUCUAGUUAAAUUUUUUUUUUUUUUUUUUUAAAUCAAAAUUUCAAGCGCAAAACACCGUAUAUUAUUAUAUUACAUAAAAAAUAUAAUACAAUAUAUUGUAUAAUAUUCCCAAUUAUAAAUAUAUUUAUAUAUAUAUUAUAUAAAUAAUAUUCCACAGCGGUCUUCUGUCGGUCGGUCGAAAUCGCUGUUAUACUAUUUAAUAUAAUAUAAUAAUAUAAUACUCAGACGUGUGCGUUUUCGAACAGGAGAGGUUCUCGCGCGGCAUACCAUUAUUCCGCACGGGGCCGUUCGUGAUAUUGUAUAAAUGGGGGAGUACAAAUUUAGUGUAAAUUCUAGUUUAAGUUCUAUCGAGUACCAAUCGUCGGUGAACACGUCCGGGCUGCCGUCGUCGUCGUCGUCACAGUCGUAUUUUGCCGACGACAGCCCACAGCAGCUGCAGGACGUCGCCGUCAAACAGCAGAUCUCACCGUCACCGGUCAACGGCGAUCACCAACAGCUGCCCUCUACCAAAGGCACUGUCAAAGAAGAUUCUGUGUUGGCAGCGUUAGGUAGUGGUGGUGAUAAAUCAUCGGGCGGCCCACAAAUGCAGUUACCAUCAUCUUACAACAAUGAAGCUAGUCUUAAUGUGAUAAACUCGUCGACCAACUCGUCUACGUCUAGUCUAUGGUCAGCGUCUGUUGAUGAUACAUUGAUACAUGGGUUAAAUGCGUCUGCGGCUGCAAACAACGCUAAUUUCCCAAAUACUUUGUACAAUACUGGCCUGGGACCUCAUCACCAGCAACAGCAACCACAGCAACAUCAUCAUAGACGUCAAGCAUCUGGCGCCACACACAAUUUCCCUCACAAUCUGUCUAGGCAACUGCAACAGUCAGCUCAUCCGCAGAACCUGUACAUGGCCAGUAAGGGAUACUCUUGGUCACAGUCACAUCAGAACUCGUGGCUUAACUCUAGUCAAAAUCAAAGUGGUAUAGCCGGUUCAUCGUGGAAUCGUGGUCGUUCUGUACCUAAUUUGAAUCCAAUGCAUGCUUUAGCUGGUCGUAAGCCAAAUACUAAUUACAAUCAUCAUCAACAUCAAUCUACUCCUAUGAAUUCAUCAAAAUUUAGACGUAGUACUUCGUAUCCAGGAAAAGGAUUAUUCAAUCAAAAUUCUACAACUUUUGAUAUUAACAACAUCGAUGAGACAGACGUAAUGAGUUAUCAGGAACGAUGCGGAAACGGUACUGGACCUUUGGACAACAUGCGCAACCUUGAACACUAUUUAAACGAUAUUAUGCGUUCUGGUACGGAAAAUCCAGAACACGUGAAAGGUUUCAUCAACUCGAACACUCUACAUUCUCUAGCUCAUAUACACAGUAAAUCGCCCUUCUUUCAAACACUUGAAGAUCAAACGGGAUUGUUAGACGACCCUGGUUCGCAUUUGAUCGAUACAUCCGUGCAAGCUCUGACAUCGCCGUCUCGGUCGUCGCCCCACAGUCAAGGAUCGGAAAGCAGCGAAAGGUUUUCCAGGAAAGUGUUUGUAGGCGGCUUGCCACCGGACAUCGACGAAGAUGAAAUCACAGCUAGUUUCCGCAGAUUCGGUCAACUGGUGGUCGACUGGCCUCACAAAGCUGAGAGCAAGUCUUAUUUUCCGCCAAAAGGAUACGCUUUUCUUUUAUUUCAGGACGAGUCUUCGGUACAGCAAUUGAUCGACGCGUGCAUUCAGGAUGACGACAAAUUAUACUUGUGCGUGUCUUCGCCGACCAUCAAAGACAAACCGGUGCAAAUAAGGCCUUGGCGUCUGUCCGACGCCGAUUUUGUGCUGGACGCGUCCAUGCCGCUAGAUCCUAGGAAAACCGUGUUCGUGGGUGGCGUACCCAGACCGCUGAAAGCCGUCGAAUUGGCUAUGAUCAUGGACAGAUUGUAUGGUGGAGUGUGUUACGCGGGAAUCGAUACCGACCCAGAGCUUAAGUAUCCGAAAGGAGCUGGCCGAGUAGCGUUUAGCAAUCAACAGAGCUAUAUUGCCGCCAUCAGCGCCCGCUUCGUACAGCUCCAGCACGGAGACAUCGACAAGAGAGUCGAAGUAAAACCGUACGUGCUUGACGAUCAGAUGUGCGACGAGUGCCAAGGACAGAGAUGUGGUGGAAAGUUCGCACCAUUCUUUUGCGCCAACGUCACUUGUUUACAAUACUAUUGCGAACUAUGCUGGGCAACGAUCCACUCAAGACCGGGUCGGGAAUUUCACAAGCCGUUAGUUAAAGAAGGAGCAGAACGUCCAAGAACUGUGCCUUUCCGUUGGUCAUAACGUAAGAUUCCGUAACGAGUAGUCACAUUUUAUUAAUCCACUUAUUUGUUUUGUUUUUUUAUUUUAUUUUAUUAUUCUUACGCAUGUUUAUACAAAUGAUAUAAAAAAAAUUUAAUGUUUUUGAAUAGUCUUUUUAAAAUCUGUCGUUUUUUAAUGCGAGAACUGUUUUUUACAAUUUUUUUUAAUCUACCUUUAUUACACAAUUAAGCCUCUACUGACUUAGGGAAAUUGACGGUUUUUUUUUUAUUGUAAUUAUUCUUUAGGACUAUUUAAAUAAUUCAGGGUAAACACAAUGGAUAGGGCUCUUUACACCGAGCAAAAACGAAUUGUAUUAGUACUACAAACGAAUUGUAUUAGUACUACACAAACCUUCCAAAGAACUUAGAUUUUGUUUCAUUAGAACUAUUUUUCAUUUUAUUUUUAUUGUUUUUCAACUGUUGGUUUUUCUCUUUAUACUUAGAUAAUAUGCAACUUCCAAAAAGAUUUUUUUUGUUUAAUGACCUAACUUAAGAAUUUGUUUUUAUUUUAUUUUAAAGUUUAUUAUUUUUAGACAAAUUGUUUCGACUACUGCCACCUUUUUAUCAUAAAAUUUUUAUAGAUAUUGUUUUAAUUUUGUUUUUUUGUUUUGAUAAAAUGGUUUUUUUAUAUACACAUUUAAUAUAUAUAUAAAAUAUAUAUAUGUAUAUAUAAAUAUAUACAUAUUUAUAUAUAAAAUAUAUAAAUAAAUUAAAUAUUGACAUUAUUAAUUUGCAAGUUAAAUCAGUUUGGUAUGUAAACCUUUAUUUUCCCAUGAUUUUGUUCUUAAUAUUAUCUUAUUAUUAAUUAUUUAUAUUUUUGGGGGCAAUAUUGUAUAGAAUAAACAAUAUAUCUAAUUGAUAUUGCGGACGUGGACCACAGGUGUUACCUAUAGCAAUCGAAACUCUUUAAUAAAUAAAUUAAUUAUCAAUGUGCAAUGUUUCGUAAAUUAAAUGUAUGCAUGCAUCCAUGCAAACAAUAGGUGUGCCCUUUUCCUGGUUUUUCGCCUAAGUUUUAAAUUACAAUAUGAAAUAAAAAGAAUACGAUAUUAAAUAUAUUUUUCUACUUCUUUUUUAUAUUUUUUAGGCAGCUUCGUUACGUCUUAGCCUAGUUACCAAUUCUAAAACGUUAAAAGUUAAAAAUAAGAAGAAAAAAAUACUUGAAAUUACACAAAACUGAAAACUGGUGUUUUCUCAUCAAAAUUUGUAUUACCUUUUUUUAAGUAAAAAAAAAAUGAAUAACGUUUGUUGAAUGUUAUUUAGUUUCAAAAGUUUUUAAUGUUUCGUUAUUUGUUUUUUGAUAUUGAUAGUAUUUAGUUUUUAAAAACCUACCUUUAUUUUUUAUAAUAAUUCUCUAUAUUUUUAAUAUACUCUACUAUACCCUUAGGAACCCGAUCAUUUUUAUAAAAUACCUCAAUUUUUGAGGCAUGCUUAACGCAGGACUUCUGCCCCUCUACCCCUCAUUUUUCCACUGAAAUUGACAAUGUUCCUGGAGUUUUAAAUUAUCAGUCAAAAAAAAAUGUAUCAAAUGUAAUGUUAUUGGUUUUAACAAAAUGUCUAUGAAUUACCAACAUUUUUCAAUUGGUCGGUAGCAUAUUGUAUUACACAUUAUUAGAUUGAAAUAUCGUUAAAGUCCUUUGGUCACUGCUGAAUUAUUUCCAGUUACAUCCAAAAUGAUAAGUAUCAUUUGCACAUAAUUGUCUCGUGCUAUUCAUUAUUCAUACGUUACAUUAGCAUCGAAUUUCAGGUAAACAAAUCAUAUCAGUAAUUAUUGAUGUUUAGAGAACAAUUUAUACAAACAUUUAAGGACAUUCACCCUAUAACAUUUGACAUCAGUGCUACCGAUGCAACCGAUAUAUACAGCAAUAUUAAAGUAUUAACAAUUAUUUGGCCCUCCUUUUCCUUUAUCUCGUACCUCAGUUUUCAUUGUCAUUCGAUUUGGUAACGUUAAGCUGAGAAGAUAAAAUCAAAAAACAAGCAAUUUAAUUACAUUGUACUUAAGUUAAAAUAUAAACUAUACAUUUUUCAAUAAAAAUAAAAAAAGAUAAUAAAUAAUAAAAUAAUUAUACAUUUUUAAGAAUGGUGAUUUAUACUAUAAUAAUAGAUGAUACUGCGUUUUCUUGCACUUGAUUUAGAGAGUAAUGAUAAAUUUCACUAUGUACAUAAAAAAACAAAAUAAUUAUGGUUUAGGCAAAUUGUUGUUUUCUUUUUUGGGGGAAAAAUUUAGUGUAAUUUUUAUCAUGAAUCGAUAAGUUUUUUAAUCGCACCUAAAAUAUAUAAAAUAUUUAUAGCGAAUUUUUUCAUUAUAUACAUUAGGUUAUUGAUAAUAUGUAAAAAAAAAAAAACCAAAAAAAAUAAUUUUUAAAAUAUUUUGGCAGUCAGAUUUUACUAGUUUCUAGUCAAAUUAUCAUUAGCCCAUUAUGUUCCUAAGCACAGGAGCCAUAUUUAAUAAUACAAAUAUUAAAAGUAGAUAAUUUUUUUUCUUUUCUAUUGCUCAUUACUAUAACAGUUAAACAAUUUCAACAGUACACAUUUUCAAAAGAGAUUUUCCACUUUUAAAUUAAUAAUUUUACUUUUUAUGCUGACAACUGAUAUUUUAUAUAUUAUUAAAAUUAAAAUUACAAAUAUUAUUCAAAAUUAGACUUAGUUAUUUUAAAAUAACAAAAAUAAAUAAAUAGUUGUAUUUUUUUUAAAACUUUUUUGUCUAUUAAAUGCUAAGUAAAAAAAAGCAUUACUUUAAGUGUUCAUCGGUGUUUAUAUAAUAAUGUCUGUUUGUCAUUUAGUGUUUUGGCUUGUGUGGUUUUUGCGGUAGGGAAAUAAUUUAAUUUUUCAUUAAAAAUAAAACAAUCUUUUAUAAUUUUAUUACAAAUUUUAAUAUUAUGUAAUUACUUGUUUUUAUUUCGCUGGCCAUUCUGACAUACAUGUAUGGCUGUGAUACAGUAUUUUGUACAUCUUUUAUUUUUUAACUGCAUAAUGCUCGUUUAAUUGAAUUGUUGACUCGUUUUUCUUUUCUUUUGCUCUUUUAUGAGAUAAAAAUGGCUAUAUAUAUUUUUCUUUUCUUUUUUUUUUUCAUGUAAAUUUAUAAUAAUUACUAUAACUUGUCCGGUUUUCUGUAAGGGUCGGUUACCACUUAAUAUAUUUCGUUUUUUUUAUUUCUUAAUAGUGCAAUUACUUCUCUGUGUAAAUAAGUUGUUUUGUUUUCCCCAUAAUUUUUUUAAUUGAUUAAUAAUCCUAGGUUUUAUUAUUCUCGUUCCUCUUACAGUUCGAAUGAUAAUAAUAAUAAUAAUAACAACAAUUAUAAUAAUAAUAAUAAUAAUAAUAAUAAUAAUAAUAACAAUUUAAAUUUAUAUCUACUCAUUUUUUUUAUUUCCUGUGGCUCAAUAUUUUCUUCCAUACAGAUGUUCUAUCAAAUAGGCUAUUUGCUACAAGCCAAGCACAUAUUUAAUUAAAAGGUUACAAAGUCUUAAAACAUAGGUUAUCCCACUUUUAAUUCACCAUCAAUUAUAUUAUAUUGCAAUGGAAUGAUAAUCAUUCUCUGAGUUUAUAUUUUAGUUUUUGUUAUUUGAUUAUUAUUAUUAGUAUUAUUACUAUUACUGUUUUUUUUUUCAAAACAUCAAUUUUAAUAAUAACCAUUUAUGUUAUUUAUUUUAUAAACUGUUUGACAAACUUUAGUAAAAUUUAUUGUAUAAUUUGUUUAACUAAUAUUUUACCACAAUUUGUUAUAAACGACGAUUACCAUUUUGCUGUUGUUGUAGGAUCUAUAAGCUAAUAAUUAUUGUGUUUUUUUGAACGGAUAUUUUAUUUCUGUAUAAUCCAAAUACAAACAUGCAUUCAGAAAUUUGUUAUUUUAUUUUUUCUUUUAUAUUUAAAUAGGCAGGACUGUGAUAUGAUCAAUAAGAAUGAUUGUAAAAACAGAUACCUAUAUGUUUGGUUUGUUUAUUUUUUUUUCUUUAUGGUCUAAUUAAUUUUGUAACACAUUUUUAAAUAAUGUCGAUCGUAUUGAUCUCUUGUCCAGAAAAAUAAAAAAAAGUAACUUACAUCUUGUUAAAAAUAAAAAAAUAAAAAAAAUGUUAUAUUGUUUUUGGUUUUUAUUCUAUUAGUUGGUUUUUUUUAUUUACCUGGGAUUUUUAUUUAUUAUUUUAUUCAUUAUAUUAUUAUAUUUUUUUUUCUACAUAACUUUUAUCUAGCGUUUUUUUUGUUUGUUUUAUUAAUUUAUUUUAUUUAUUAAUUAUUUUUUUUUUGUAUGUCAUAUAAAAUGCAUAUUUUAAUUUCAAAGACACAAAUUAUAAUAUCAUAUUGCCAGCUGGAAGGGAAAGUGAGACUUGAGUUCAAUAAUUUUGCUUUUUGUUAACUUUAUAUUUUUAAAAAAAAUUAUAAUAAACGUAAUUACCUAAUUAUUUACUAUAUAGAGAUGGAAAAUAAAUGAUAAAAUAUUCUUUUGUAGUAUACCUAGUUUAGAUAAAUGCUAAAAAAAAAAAAAACUAGCCUAUGCUAAAUAUAUUAUUUGUGUGCAUUUUUUUUCAUCACUCCUAUUUUUUAUGAAUUUUGUACGUUUUUCUAAUAUAUAUUUUUUUUUGUAUACUACGUAUUUUUUAAAUGUAGUAAUGUUGGACAAAUCCAUUAUAAAAGAUAAAAAAUUUUUUUUUUACCCAAAUACCAUAAAUUUAAAUUGUUCUUAAAGAAAAAAAUUAUUGUAAUGUCAAAUAAAAUAUUUGUCUGUCUUUAUUAUUUCAUUUUAAUAAUAUAUAUAUUAUAUAAUAUCAUGUAUAACACACAGUGUCCAACUUGCUUUUCCCGGUAACUUGCCCCGAUAUUUCGAUUGGGUCAAUUUAUUAUGGUUUUGUUUUUGUUUUUAUUUUUAUUUUUUGUUUUGUUUUGUAAAAUCAUUAUAAUAAUGUAUAUCCAUAUAAUAAAAAAAAAAUUACAAUAUUA